UGGAUUUCAGUAUCGCCGGCAUAGCUCUGGAGUCUAGUUAGUGCUUGGCUAGUUUUAUCCUCGCUUUGCUUCUGGAAAUCCCGAAGGCAGUGUUUGUGCAGACAGUGGUCUGUCAACAUGUGGCUGAAACUGUUGUCUGCCAUCGUGGCAACCACGGCGAUCGUACUGCACCUCAGCACCAAAGACCCGGUUCCUCCUCUCACGUCAACCCUGAACGCUUCCUACGACUACAUCAUAGUCGGCGGCGGCUCAGCAGGCUGUGUGCUGGCCAGUAGACUGUCAGAGGACCCUGACAUCACAGUCCUCCUCAUUGAGGCUGGUGGCGACGAUCGCGGUCGUGAGGACAUCGCCACGCCGGCUUUUGUUGGUUUUCUGCAGCAUUCGGAUAUCGACUGGGACUAUCUUACUGUUCCUCAGAAACAUGGUUUUGAGGGCCACGUUGAUAAAAGAGCCUACGUUCCAAGAGGGCGUGUCCUGGGCGGGUCGUCUAGCAUGAACUUUAUGUCGUACGUCAGAGGUCAUCCUCGAGACUUUGACAGCUGGGCGGAGCAAGGAUGUGAUGGCUGGAGCUACAGAGAUGUCUUGCCCUAUUUUUUGAAGUCAGAGGGCUUCAUAAAAAGUCAUUCUGCCGAUUCAGAAUUUCUUGGAAAAGAUGGUCCUCUGAAAAUUGAAGAGGCUAUGCACUUAAAACUUACUGACAUCCUUACUCAAGCAGCAGAGCACCUGAGAUUUCCUCUCUUUGAUUACGUGUCCGACGAGGGGGAAGGAUUGUCACCGAUGUAUUUCACUACACACAGAGGUCAGAGGUCUAGUACUUCGAGAACCUAUCUACAUCCAGUCUUGAACAGGUCGAACCUGCACGUGAUGGUCAACGCCUACGUCACACGAGUUGUUCUUGAGGAAACAAAAGUGGUUGGCGUGGAACUGGUUCACAGAAGCAGAAAAAAACGAGUAUUAGCGAAAAAGGAGGUCAUUCUCUCUGCAGGAUCCAUUGGUUCUCCUAAGAUCCUCAUGCUGUCCGGAAUCGGACCAAGUCAGCACCUCAGAGACUUGAAGAUACCUAUUACUAUGGAUUUGCCAGUGGGAGACAACCUGCAGGAUCAUCUGCUUUAUGACUACCAUGUUGGGCUCCAAGCACACGUGGGUUUGCAUGUGACUGAUUUUUCCGAUGUUUGGAACAAAAUUAAGUUUCACCUCUUUGGAACAGGUCCUCUCUCAUUUAGUGGGACAGUCACUCACCUGUUUGUAAGCUCUACGAACCAUAGUAAGCAGCUACUAUGGCCAGACAUUCAGAUUUUAUUUCAUUCCAUACUCUGGGAUUCAAACAGACUGCGUGAUCUAGGACUCAACGAAGAGGCUAUAGAAGAAUCCUCCAAAAGAAAACAGUUUCAGUACGGGUUUUCCUGCCUGCCUGCUCACCUGAGACCUGGAAGCAAAGGGACGUUACGCUUGCAAAGUUCAGACCCCUUCGAUGACCCCCUGAUAGACUUCAACUACUUCCAAGAUCCAGAGGACGUGACUGCUUUAGUUAAAGGCAUCGACGUCUGCAAGCGUCUAGUUCAAACUCCCAGCCUGCAGUCCCUAGGGGCCCAGGCCGCUGACGGCCCGUCUGCUGCGUGUGUGGGGCCCAACAGCCCUUACGACUCGGAAGCCUACUGGACGUGCAUGGUCCGAAGACGAUCAGUGUCGUACUACCAUCCUGUGGGCACGGCUAAAAUGGGCUCAGCUAAUGAUUCUACAGCUGUUGUCGACACCAGCCUAAGAGUCCGAGGCAUAAGUGGUCUGAGAGUCGUUGAUGCCUCAGUCAUUCCCAGCCUUCCUUCUGCCAACACCAACGCUGCUGUCAUCAUGAUAGCAGAGAAAGCUUCCGAUAUUAUCCGAGCGAACAGGAAGUAUGCGACUAAACAGUGAGCUACAGAAAGAUAAAAUGGCAGUAAGAUUUACCCAAUGCUCAUUGUGUUCACUUCCGAUCGCCAGAUCAUGCAAAUAAAAGCUUUUGAUAGCUACGAGGACAUUUUUCAGCGAUUAUGUGUAACUUUUUGUAUCCUUUAUAUACUGUAUUUUUAUUUGAACGCUUUUGAAUCAAAUGCUUUUGAAAUGUAUUUAUUUUACAAAACUUCCCUUGUAUAAAAGUAAUGACUGAAAUAUUAAACAGUGAUUUAAAAAAACGUCUGCGAGUUGUGAUGUACAAAAACUUAGUUUUUCUUUAUGUAUAAGCUUGACUACAAACAGACUGACAGGCUAUGGUAUGCUGUUAUUGUCUGGAGAAGCUGAAAAGUCCCAGUCUGUAAAUGUAGUAUUAUAGUUGUCUUUUCCUAAAAUGUAUACAACAUUAAGGAAAAGUUUAUGUCCAUUUUUAACACUUCUUUUUAUUUUCAUUAUUGUAUUUCACUUUUGAAUUCUUAGGAUUGUCAUCAACAGGAGACAGACGAUUUACUUGCUUUUAACUCUGUGAUCAGUAAGCAGCGCAUU